AGACUCCCGUUUCCAUUAACGUCACUGAAGGUGACCAGAUAUACUCCUAGGACCAAAUUCAACCCUGGUGAAAGAGGACACAAGUACCAUUGAAGUAGUGGGAGACACCCCCACUAACGCCAGAGAUCACCACUGCCUAGCUUUGAAGAGGGCUGUGCUCCAGCAGGUGCUCAGUCUGCACUGGAUCAAACUCCAUAAUUAAAGGUGCACAUCAUUAUCUUGACACUUAUCAAGCUGAGCUCUAGCCUGGAGAAAGCAAAGUCACUAGCUAUACUUGGAUUCAAAGCAGCUUGUUCAGUAACCUGAACUAACAGAUUAAACUUGUGUUCGUUACAGUGUAAGGUGAGGUUUACCUUUUUUAGUAACUAUGAAAUGGGUAUGAGUGGUUACUACCUUGUUUUAAAUGCACAGGAUUGCUCAGGGAAAGGGGAAGGUCAGUUCUUGUUCAAAUGCAGAUCAUUAGACUUUACUGCCAUGACCAUGGCGUGGUUUGUUUGGGGUUUUUUGGGGGGUAGUUCCAAGUCACUUAUCUUGAAAGCAUCGAAAAGUUACAGAAAAAUUGCAAAAUAGCACUGGUUAUUUGGAACCCGAAGUGUGAUUUGCAGUGUGGGCAGUUCAGUGUGGGAAUCUCAGUAAGCCCUCCUGACUUUGCUCAGAACCCAGUCUGGUUUCCAACCUGCCUUGAAAGACUUGAUCAAAAAUUUGAGCCUAUGCAACAAAGGAGCAGGAAAACUGAAGCUGGGCAAGAUAAACUCCUGUAUGUCCUCUUAAACACUAAGAAAUCUACCUUCAGCAAAGGUUAUGGUAAGCUACGCUUGCUGCUUUGAUUGAAGAAAGAGUUGACUCAGUUCUCCUUACUUCAGUAAAGAUACCCCCUUGCUCCUUAACACGAACAUCAUCUGUGUUGCUCGAUCUAAAUGAUAACGUGACUGUCAUGCUGGCUUUUCUUCUACUUCCAGUUGGAAUGGGUUCUGAGUGAUUAAAACCUGACCCAGAGCUGUCUGAGCAUCCCAAGCAUGUGGUCAUCUAGCAAAUGAGACUAAAUUAGACUUUUCUAUCUAAAGCAUUGAUGCCAUGGUUUGCCUGUGACUGAACUGGAUCUACAGCUUCAAAUGUGAUCCUCCUCACAUGUUUUUCUUUCACUCAACGUCUUGUCUUUUCAUGUGAUGUAGGUGUUGUUCGGCUGCGCUGCUCUGUGUGGAGAAGAAAUCAAUCACAAGGAUGAAGCUCUGCCCAAAUUGCAUCACCCAAAAGAAAUGUUUCCAACUUCCAGGACAAAAGCUAAAGGUGAAAAUCUCAAGCUGAUCUAUUUGCUACAUGUGGAAGCUGUACAGCUAUCAGCUGCUUAGCUGCUCUGCUUGCUGAUACAGAAGUGUCUAGGAUUUUUGACUGUUCAAAAUGAAUGAACACCCUAAAAAGAGGAAAAGGAAGACUCUACAUCCUUCUCGAUACUCAGAUUCUUCAGGUGCAAGCAAAUACAUAGACAACAGUGGGAUUUUUUCUGACCACUGCUAUAGUGUCUGUUCUAUGAAACAGCCAGAUACAAAGUUUUCUGAAAACAGAGGUAGAUUCCACAGUCCUGCGCAGAGCUUAGACACAGAUGAUGACGGGAGUCCAGUGCAUGCUGGGACUUCUCAGUGGAGUGGGUCACAUUCAAACAUCGUGGGGUUACACUAUACAGACCCUACUAAAAAGAAGGAUAAAGGUAAAGAUAAAGGUACUAAUAAUGGGACGUGCAGAGACUUAUGUGAUUCACCUAUAUUUAGUGACAGCCCUACAGAAGAAGAGAAACCUCUAGAUAUUCAGACGGUAGAAAUUUCUACAACAGAAGUGAAUGCUGUGGAAGUUCACGAUAUUGAAACACAAACUGUGUCGCCUGAGAAGCUAGAAGCUGAGGACCUAGAGGACAUCCCUCUGGAAACCUGUAAAAUCUUUGAGAAGAACCAGGCUUUGAAUAUCACAGCUCAACAGAAAUGGCCUUUGCUGAGAGCUAACAGCAGUGGCUUGUACAAGUGUGAGCUCUGUGAGUUUAACAGCAAAUACUUUUCUGAUUUAAAGCAGCACAUGAUCCUGAAGCAUAAGACAUGUACAGACACUCACGUCUGUAAAGUUUGUAAAGAAAGCUUUUCCAGCAAAGUGCAACUUAUUGAACAUGUAAAACUACAUGAGGAGGAUCCAUACAUCUGUAAAUACUGCGAUUACAAAACAGUGAUAUUUGAGAAUCUGAGUCAGCACAUAGCAGACACGCACUUCAAUGACCACCUUUACUGGUGUGAGCAGUGUGAUAUGCAGUUCUCCUCGAGCAGCGAGUUGUACCUGCACUUCCAGGAGCACAGCUGUGAUGAGCAGUAUUUGUGUCAGUUCUGUGAGCAUGAAACCAAUGAUCCAGAAGAUCUGCACAGCCAUGUGGUGAAUGAACAUGCAUGUCGACUGAUAGAGUUAAGCGACAGCUAUAACAACAAGGAGCGUGGACAGUUCAGUCUCAUAAACAAAAUCAGUUUUGACAAGUGCAAAAACUUCUUUGUAUGCCAGGUGUGUGGCUUUAGGAGCAGGCUGCAUACAAAUGUCAACAGGCAUGUAGCUAUUGAGCACACCAAAAUAUUCCCUCAUGUUUGUGAUGACUGUGGGAAGGGCUUUUCAGGUAUGUUGGAAUAUUGCAAGCAUUUAAGCUCUCAUUUAUCUGAAGGGAUUUAUUUGUGUCAAUACUGUGAAUAUUCAACAGGACAGAUUGAAGACCUUAAAACUCAUUUGGAUUUCAGGCAUUCAGCAGACUUGCCUCAUAAAUGUACUGAUUGUUUAAUGAGAUUUGGAAAUGAGAAAGAUCUUUUAAGUCAUCUUCAGAUACAUGAGACAGCAUGAUUACUUUGUUUCCCUGUAAUCAAUUUGUUAGAAUUGGAAUUAAUUUCCAGUCACUGAAAUGUGAUAUUAAAUACAAUUUUAACAGCAGUUUUACAAUGCGAAUGUUUUCAUCUUUAUAUCACCAAAGCAUGUAUAACAACUUGGUGUUGUGAAUUUCCUUACCUAGAGGUUUUGGUAGGAAUAAUCGCAUUUACAGUGCAAUUGAUCAGAUUUGGGGGGUGGGGGAACACAUGACAGUGGGAGUAGUUGCAUGCUGUGACUGCAGCAGUUCUGGUGGUCAUCCCACAGUUUGACAUCUGAUGUACAAGACCAGCUCUUGAGUUCAAAAAGGGACAAAGAGAAAGCCAACACCAAGUUCCAUGCUUAAGUAACACCAUCCUGAUCUCAAUUGCGUAUGCAGCUCGUGUUACCCUCUGUGUCAGCAGGUCGUUGUGCUGAUGUUUAGCAAAUUGCAGCAGCCUGCUAAAGAUAAGGGUGUUCCAAAAAUUCCCAGGCAUGGACAUUUCCAAAUUCACAUACCAGCCUGCGUUCCCCACAUCAUACUGUUGAUAAGGUUUUAAAAUUGUCCUGUUUUUCUCUUGGGGUACCUAUCCAACCUCAUUGUUUGCUCUCUUUGUUCAGUGCUUAAUUUCAAUUCCUGUCUGUGGAACUGUCCAACAACAGUCUCUUCCAUACAUAUACUACAGACCUCCCACAUGAUUUUUGUCUCCCUUAUUUACCUUCAGUUCCUAUCUUUGAAUGCACCAAGAAGAGUCACCUUGCUUGCCUGUAGACUGGGUCAUGUGUUAAGGAGUAAUUGUAAGGGAAAUUGCAAAGUGAUCCAGCUGAGAAUGUACAAAGUGUGAUUUUCUUAUCUAAAAUUUUAAUGUAGCUCUCACCUGAAAUUAUAUCGCCAACCUCAUUUAGAGCAAGCCUCUAUUAGUCUAUAUUUUGUAUACUUGUAAUUAGCUUUCCACUGCUAGUAAUUUGAGUACUGUUACUUUAAUUCUGUUAAUUUUAAACUUUCCUAUAUACUGGCUUGAAACACUGGUACAGUACAAACACUUUAUUAACUUUAAUCACUUUCAAAUGAUUUAACACAUCUUUUCAGCUCAGAUAGUGCUGUUCUGCCGUUAUAAUCAUGAGAAGUGAAUUUUUACAAUUCAUUCUGUAGCUGUGUUUCUAGUGGAUACUUGCACAGGUAAAAAUAAUGGUGAGGUCAUUUAGAUUGUACUAGUUACCAGAGUGAAAUUACCCGUAAAUUAGUGGUGGAGUUUACAUUUCCUUCUGUAUUGAUUGUAAAUUUGUAAUGUAAUAUUGUCUAAAGUAAGCUUUGUAUAGAUAUAAUUAAUGUAUAAAACAUUUCUUGAUCAGUGA